AUGUGUGGUGUUCGUGAAUGCAUUGAUCCUUAUCGAUCAAGUUUCGCCACUCUUCCGAGAUUUUCUACCUCAUCCGAGCGGUGUGCCUCAAAAUGUAUGCAAACGCAUUUAUGUGCUUUAAAUGAAAAAAUCGAAGAUGUCAAAUGUAAAUUAACUGGUAAAAAUUGUGGUGAAAACAUGGAUUUUGUUACCGUUAAGCGCAAUGUCAUUCCAAUAUCUUCGCUAUCUAAAAAUUAUCAACUUGAAAUUUGUAUUCAACAAUGUAAAUGCGUAGAAAACAAUUAUAUUGAAAAAGAUGGCAAAUGUUUUAUGAAUUCAACUAUAGUUACGACCAUUCAUCAUAACGAUCAUUUCUAUGGUGAAGAAUUGCUGGAUAAUUCGUGUCGCCUGGCAGAAAGCAAAUGUGGGCUAAACAUGAUAUUCGUAAAUAUCAAUCCAGUUCGAUCAAAUUUCUCAGACCUCCUGAAAUUUUCGUCUUUCGAUUUUUGUGUCGUAAAAUGCAAAUGCAUGAAAACGUUUGAAGAGAAAAAUGGAAAAUGUAUUAGAAAUCUAUCGAGGAUUUCAAAGAAUCAUAAUCAUAAUCGUAAUCGUAAUCCUAAUCGUAAACGUAAUAAUUAA